AUGCUGGACGGUAUCCAAACCGUCAAGGCGACUGGGUUAAGCCAAACCUUUCUUCAGCUCGUACAAAGGAAAAGAGCCCAAGAAACCCAUCAAAUGGCCAAGUACCGCUGGAGUGUGGUCUGGAAGAAUAUGAUCCAGAAUCUGCCUUGGGCCUUGGCGCCAGCUUUGACCUUCGUCGUCUACGCUGCUCAAGGAAAUGAACUAGACGUUACUAAGGCGUUCAGCAGUCUGUCCAUCAUAACUCUUCUAACGAAUCCGGCUUCUAAGCUAUUAAGUGCGAUUCCUUCCAUAACUGCUGCGACGGGAUGUUUCGAUAGAAUACAAGCAUUUCUUCUGCUGCCAACCGGUCCUCAAUACAUAGGGGAGGGCUUUGUUCGCACGAGGGAAACGGAAGUCGAUGCAUCUCCGCAUAUUGGCGGAGUGAAAUACAUGACUUCCAAGGGCUCACCAGAGACUCCUGACCUUCCAAAACCUGUCAUCUUCAUGGAAAAGCUCAGCAUACGCCCAUCUUCGUCGGCAAAAAUUGUCUUAAGAGAUGUUAACUUAGAAGUCCCUCUAGGAGCGUUGGUCAUGAUCCGGGGGCCAGUUGGAUCAGGCAAAUCGACCUUGCUUCGGGCUAUACUUGGCCAAGCAGUUUGCGAGACAGGUUCCAUGGCAGUGAUCAAUCAACAGCCGGCCUUCUGCGCGCAAACACCGUGGGUUCCAAGUGGCACCAUCCGCGAUGCGAUCUGUGGAACUUUCUCGGAGAGCCCCAUAAGGGAGGGUGCAUUUGAUCAAAAGUGGUAUGCGGCCGUUCUUCACGCAUGUGCUCUGAAUUUGGACCUAGAUUUGCUUCGCGAUGGAGACGCCACGCGAAUUGGACACGGCUCAGGUCAUGUGCUGAGCGGUGGUCAAAUGCAUCGCAUCGCUCUUGCUCGCGCGCGCACUGGACCGGAAAACUAA